AUGAAGCUAAAACGCCUAAUGCUCGCACUUUACCACCCUGGGAAUUUUUACCUUAUUCAUUUGGACAAUGGUGCCCCUCAGGUUGAGCAUCAAGAAAUUUCAAGAUUUGUGUCAAGUAAUCCUGUUUUUAGUGAAAUUGGGAAUGUUUGGGUUGUGAAGAAGGGUAACUUAGUCACUUACAGAGGCCCUACUAUGCUUGCUACAACUCUACAUGCAAUGUCUAUGCUUUUGAGGACUGCAAAUUGGGAUUGGUUCAUUAAUCUCAGUGCUUCUGAUUAUCCAUUAAUAACUCAAGAUGAUCUGAUCCAUGCCUUUUCUGACCUGCCUAGAGAUCUAAAUUUUGUACAGCACAGCAGCCGCUUGGGCUGGAAAAUGAACAAAAGAGGAAAACCAAUCAUAAUAGACCCUGGUUUGUACAGUGUAAAUAAAUCAGAGAUUUGGUGGGUUAUCAAGCAAAGAAGUCUGCCUACUGCUUUUAAGCUUUAUACAGGUUCAGCAUGGACAGUGUUGUCAAGAUCAUUUGCCGAAUACUGUGUGGUUGGGUGGGACAAUUUACCUAGGACCCUUCUUCUUUACUACACAAAUUUUGUGUCAUCCCCAGAGGGUUAUUUCCAGACAGUUAUUUGCAACUCCGAGGAUUACAAGAACACUACAGUGAACCAUGAUCUUCAUUACAUAACUUGGGACAACCCUCCAAAGCAGCAUCCCAGAUCACUUGGAUUGAGAGAUUACAGGAAAUUUGUCUUAAGCAACCGUCCAUUUGCCCGGAAAUUCAAGAAAAAUGAUGUAGUACUAAACAAGAUUGACCGUGAACUUCUCAAAAGAGGGUCGAGACAAUUUUCUUAUGGGGGAUGGUGUUCUAACGGUCAAGAUAUUCAAGAUAAAUGCUCGGAAUUGCAGAGUGAAAAAUAUGGUGUUCUAAGGCCUGAAGAUCCAAGAGUGGUUUCUCAAAGAAAUAAUUUCAUCAGGAAACUUGCAUCUACUGCUCCAAUUCAAUGCCUGAUGUUUAACAAGGGGAUACUGGAUGUUGGCCAGGAAGGGAAGAGGUAUGGCUUUGUUCAAUGUAGAAGAGAUCUCAAUGUUUUGGCUUGUGACAAAAGUUUGAACAAUUUGCUCGAUAAAAAUAUUCUGCAAUUUGGUGGCAAUUGGGCUUGGGAGUUUUCUAGCUUCGAUUGUAGCAUUUGGUAUGAGGAUGUGAAUUCCGCCUUUUCAGAUAGAAACCUUACCAAUGAAACAUCUUCAAUUGGUAAGUUGGUCUUGUGUCGGUCAUUGUUAUGGAUUAAGCUUUAA